AUGGGAUUAUAAAUAAUAAAAAAAGAAAUGUUUUUUUUACUCUUAUAUGGUGUCAUGUAUUGAAAUUUAUUUAUUAAGAGCUUUUUGGCCAUGAGCUUAUUAAUGAUAGGCUUGUACGAGUACAAUGGGAUGUUCUAUUUGUUUGAGUGGGUUUGGUUAUUGUUUUUUGGGAAGAUUUUAUCGAUUGUAUUUUUAAUAAAUGAGGGAUCAAUCGACGAAGAAGAGAGGGAAUAGCUGCUUGAAAAAGAGAUUAGUGAGCACAAAUAGACAUAUAUACCAUUCAAGCUAUACGCAAUAAAUGCAUCAAUACAAGCAGCAGACAUAUUUCUGAUAUGUAUUGAAUUAUUCUAUAUGAACUUCGGAUUGUUCAUAAUAGUAAGUUAAAAUGAUUAAAGUAGUGUUAAGGGAUUGUGUUUGUAUUCUACACCAUAUACAUGAAUAAGCAUGAUUAGCUAAAAAUAAUAUAUGCAGGUGUUGUGCUAUUGACAGGUAUUUUCUCCCUUGCAUUGGAUACGGACGGGAAUCACGAGUGUUACAUAGGGUUGAUAGCUACUCUGCUUCAGAUAGGGACCAACAUUUACGCAAUCAAAUUGAAGGAAGAGUUUAUGUGUUAGUAAAAGAGAAUUCUUAAUAAAAUUGUAGAUAUGUGUUUCAGCAUCCCAAAUACAUUGCCUACUCUGGUGUAGUUUAGUUCUUGAUAUGGUGUGUUGUUCUGGUGAUAGUGAACUUUAUACCUUGUUAUGAAACUGUAAGUUUUAAUAAUAAGAAAUGUCAAAGCUCUUUAGGCAAUAUUAAGGGAUUCUUCGAGGAAACCUUUUCAUAGCAAUAUGAGACAGAAAACAAUCACACGAAUAUUGUAACCAAAUAUUUAUAUUGACAAGACCUAUCCAGUUAUAGUAUUUGUGAUUUUGAUAUUAGUGAGUUCAGCCAUUAGUUACAUGGACAACAAAAUAACUAUGAAACAAUAAUCAGAUAAGAAAGAGAUUAUUUAAUAAUUUGUGUUUUUUCCCUUAUGGAUUUGGAUAUACUCUGAUCCUAGAAACAGAACUUUGUUUGUGUUUUGUAUAUUGUUCUUCAUUUUGCAAUGGCUAAUGGGACUCUACAUAGUAAAUGAUUGAAUAAUAAAGUAUAGAUAUUUCAAGACAAGAAGACAGGCAAAAGAGAAUAGGAAUAUGAUGAUUUAGAUUCGGAGUUUUCAUGAUUAAGAUUGUAAUUUUUUUGUAAU